CAAGAAACCAUUCGAAAAUCUUAUAGAUUAUAUGUUUUUUUUUAGGGAUGAAUCUUCUAAUAUAUUUUCUUUUUUUUUUUAAUUUUAUAAAAAAUGUAAUAUCACUUUAUAGUUCACAAGAUCAAAUCCAAAUAUUAACACAUAAAAAUUUUCAUAGUAUUGUUAAAAACUCUACACAUCUUUCAAUUGUGGAAUUUUUUGCUCCAUGGUGUGGUUAUUGUAAGCAAAUAGCACCUAUAUAUAAGAAGCUUGCAAAAGAAUUAUAUGGAAUUAUAAAUGUGAUUGCAGUAAAUUGUGAUGAUCGUCAAAGUGUUGAAUUAUGUCAACAUUAUGAAAUUAAAGGAUUUCCUACAAUAAAAUUUUUUAUUCCUCAAGGAAAAGAACCAAAAGUUGAAAAUUAUGACGGUCCAAGAACACUAAGAGAUUUAAUAUCAGCUUCUAUAUCAAAAAUACCAAAUCAUGUUAAAAGAAUAACAGAUAAUAUUGAACUUUUUUUAGAAAGAAGUAACAUGGAAAGAAAGAUUAUAUUAUUUACGAAUAAAACAGAACCAAAUAGUUUAUUUAAAACACUUGCAGUGGAUUUCUUGAAUCGAGUAGAAUUCAUUUUGAUUCAUCAAAGUUAUAAAAAGGCACUGGAUUUAUUUGGAAUAACCGAUUUUCCAACAGUUAUUUUUCUUCAUAAAAAGGAUGAGCCAGUAGUUUACUCUGGUAAUUUAGUUUAUAAAGAAAUGCACAGUUUUAUCAAAGAAUAUGUGUUAGGUGAAACUCAAGAAACAGUGGAUAAUGAGUCAGUAGAGGAACCUAAAGAGAAAGAGUUUUCAUUAACAGAAUUACGUUCACAAGAUGAUUUGCUUGAAAAAUGUAUUUUAAAAAAAGGAAUUAGUAUAAUUACAUUAUCCGACUCUGCGUCGAAUUUUUAUCUCUUUAGUCAAAUUGCUAAGACUUAUAAAUUUUCAUAUUACUUUAUUGAUAAAUCCAGCUUAUUUUUUUCUUUAGUACAAAUGAUGCAAAUAUCAUUUGGAGAAUCUGAAAUGAUAUUGCUUAAUGGAAAAAAAGGAUGGUAUGUCACACUCUCAGGAAAAAAUCCAAAUGAAGUUUUAAACCUCAUUUCUGCGGUAAUGACAGGAGAAAAUAUAGAAAAGAAAAAGUUGGAUUUAAAUUUAAUUGACAUACUAACGAAAAUCAAGAAAGAAGAUCUAUGAUUAAAAAAUCAUAAAUGCGUAUCUAAUAAAAAUUCAUUUAAGAU